UGGGUACAUGGGGAUAUUUCGAAUUUUGACUAUAUAAUGGCUCUAAAUAAUCUGGCGGGUCGCCGAAUUGGUGAUCCGAACUUUCACCCGAUUUUCCCUUGGAUUACUGAUUUCACCGGUUCAUCGGUAUCUGAAAAUUGGCGUGACUUCACGAAAACAAAGUUCCGUCUUAACAAAGGGGAUGAACAAUUGGAUUUCACAUUUGACGGACCAGUUCCUCAUCACAUAACUGAUAUAUUAUCAGAUAUCACGUACUACGUGUACCUCGCCCGGAAGACUCCAAUACCA